AUGUCCGACGACGACGAGUACUACGAGUGGGAAGAUGAAUAUCUCUUCGAGGACCCUGUGCCGGAUCUUGUUGAUGAACUCGCCCAAACAUCAUAUUACGAAGCCGCCCUUUUUGACGACCCGAACAUUUACACAGAGGACUACUUCAGUGACUGGGAAUACUACACGGAUGAUUACUAUGACGACGACCCGACCGUGAAAGAAAGCAGCCUCCGCGCGAAAACAGAGCCAAGCCCACGCAAGAACAGAAACAAGACCAAAGUCCGACGUACCCUCCCACCGCAGCAUCCGCCCCUACAUCUGGACCUCGGCUCCUUCCAGGGCGUCGUCUGGAAAGCCUCUCUGGAAGACGAUCCCACUGUUGCAGGAGCGGUACAGAUCUACGAACCCGGCCAGUCGGAUAAAGUCGCGCUGCUAGAAGACUGGAGGGAGAUUUUCAAGUCCGCGCAGCCUGCGCUGGAUAAGUCGCGUCUACGGAAGAGACAUGCGCCUGUCUCCUUGUCGGGAUCUGUAUCGGGAAUAUCAGGCGUCCAGGAUGGGGAUGGGGAUGAGGAGCUAGGUGAUGAUGAGGGGGAAGAAGAAGGAUAUGAAGAAGGAGAAGGGGAUAGCUCAGAUGCAAUGUCUGAUGUUUUGUCUUUGGAUCAGACGAAUGGAAGUGUUGACGCGGGGGAUGUAUCGAAUACGACGCCGGAGUUGGGACAGUCGCCGAAGGACCCUGGGUUUGCGGUUGAGAUACCUGUGAAACGGGGGAGAAAGCGCAAGGCUGAGACGCCUGUGAAGAAGAAUACGAAGGCGAAGGCGAGUAAGCCCAGUGUUGAGGAGAUGAGGAGUCACUCGAAACGGGUUGCGCGGAACAUUAGUAAGAGUGAUGAUGGGGGUUCGACUGGUCCUGUGCGUCGAUCUGCUAGACAGAAGAAGUAG